UUCUAUGGAGGAAAUAAAGCAUUGCAUGUGGAAAUCCUGUGGUGUCCCGGUACCGUAUUGCAUACCGUACCUUGGUUGGGGGUCCCCAAAGUCAGAGUUCCUAGUAACUGUGGGGGUCCACUUCUAUAGUCAUCCCCUAGUCACCCCUCAUCUAGUUAAUAUUUUAUUAAAUUACAUGAAAAUGCUGUAUAUAAUAUGUAUGCUUACUUUCAUAGAGUUGCAGGACCUUAGGUCAUGUGAUUCGGGUUAGUACUCUAUGGUAGGUAAAAGGACCUUUGGAGGUUCAUGGGUCAUGUGAUUACCCAUAAUACUUUGUAAAGCUGAUUGACAGAUGGUCUGGACCAAUCCUAAAACGGCCAGCCCCUGCCCAUAUAAGGGAGCUGCAGCCAAUAGUCGCUCUCUUGGGUUCCGGAUCGUUGGAGAGUCAAGAUCUGUGCAACUUACAACGACAAAUACUGGGCCAAAGCCUGCCGGCCUCGGCCUGAAGCUAAACACCAUUGACAUGUCAUCGAGGUUAACACGUGAGGAGUGGAUAGAAAUUGUGUUGAUGUCUGGUGAACGCAGUAACCGGGUCAUUGCAGCAGAUUUCAAUGCAAGACACCCUACGGGACCACCCAUCUCCCAUGCUACAGUUAGCAAACUGCUUGCUAAGUUUCGGGAAACUGGUUCAGUGUUGGAUUUGCCAAAAUGUGGAUGCAUGAAAUCUGUCACUAAUGAAGAAACAUCAGUGGCUGUCCUAGCUUCAUUCAGCAAGAGCUCACAGCGUAGCACUCGCCGCAUGUCACUGGAGAGUGGCAUUAGUCGAACAUCCCUUCGGCAGAUAUUAGCUACUCACAAAUGGCACCAUUACAAACUCCAGCUACUGCAGCAUCUCAACGAGAAUGACCCAGAUCGGCGCACUGAAUUUGCAGAAUGGGCAAAACAAAAAUUGGAACACGACCGUCAGUUUACGCGGAAGAUUUUGUUCAGUGAUGAGACAAACUUUUAUGUGAAUGGUGAAGUUAACAAACGAAACCACCGCUAUUGGUCUGACACUAACCCACAUUGGAUAGAUCCCUCCAAGACUGUUGGAACACAAAAAUGUAUGGUAUGGUGUGGUAUAUUGGGUACAAAGAUAGUGGGGCCAUUCUUCAUUAAUGGAAACCUCAAGGCCACUGGAUAUGCAAAAUUGUUACAUGAUGAUGUGUUUCCCUCUUUAUGCACUGAAGCUGGCACGUUCCCUGAGUUUUUCCAGCAAGAUGGUGCACCCCCACAUUAUGGGUGUCAGGUCCGAGCAUUCCUAGAUGAACAGUUUCCUGGAAAGUGGAUUGGUCAUCGUGGGCCAGUUGAAUGGCCCCAAGGUCUCCCGAUCUGACCCCCUUAGACUUUUAUCUUUGGGGUCAUCUGAAGGCAAUUGUCUAUGCUGUGAAGAUAAGAUAGAUGUGCAGCACCUGAAACUACGGAUACUGGAAGCCUGUGCUAGCAUUUCUCCUGCAGUGUUGCUAUCAGUGUGUGAAGAGUGGGAGAAGAGGGUUGUAUUGACAAUCCAACACAAUGGGCAGCACAUUGAACACAUUUUAUAAGUGGUCAGAAACUUGUCAAUAACUCAUGAAAUAAUAAAGUUAUGUUAAA